AUGAGCUCUCCCUCUGAAGAUACAGUUGAGGAACCAUUGGAUGUGAAGAAAAAGGUUGCUAUAACAAUCUAUUGGAUGGCUUUCUCCGCAGAAUAUAGAACCGUGGCCAACCUUUUUGGUGUCGGGAAGGCAACCGUAUGUAUCUGCGUCCAUCAAGUGUGUGAAGCCAUCAUGAAACUUCUCCUGACUGAAUACGUCAGGUUCCCCCAGGGAGACGCAUUGAAGGAUGUUAUCAGGGGCUAUGAGGAGCGUCGGGGAUUUCCAAACUGUGUAGGAUCUAUAGAUGGCAGUCACAUCCCUAUCAUAGCUCCUAAAUAUUCACACGGUGACUACCUGAACAGGAAAGGUUUCUAUUCUCUUAUCCUUCAAGGGGUAUGUGACCACAACCAGAUGUUUACACACAUCAAUAUUGGCUGGCCAGGCAGAGUGCAUGACGCCCGUGUCUUUGUGAACUCAGACAUUUAUUUCCUUGGUGAUGAUGGUUCUCUCUUACCAAACUGGUCGAAGAACAUCGGAAAUACACAGAUGCCCUUGGUGCUCCUUGGUUAUGCAGCAUACCCCUUAAAGUCAUGGUUAUUGAAGCCCUACACUGGCAGAGCUAACCUCACUCCAGCUCAGAGUACCUUCAACUAUCGACUCAGCGGUGCCAGGAUGACGAUUGAAAACGCGUUUGGUCGCUUGAAGGGACGCUGGCGGUGUUUGCAGAAGAGGAUGGACGUUGACGUCGAAUUUGCCUGCACGGUAAUUACAUGCUGUGUUGUCCUCCACAACAUUUGCGAGAGUGUACGUGACCUCUACAGGGAGGAUUGGGACGCCGAAGAAGACGAAAAAGAAAAUGACUACCAACUGGAUGUACAGGAUGGGGGCGACGAAGGGAUCCAAUGUGCGAAAGCUCUGCCUGAUGAAAUCGCGCUGGCUUUCUGCAACGAUGUGUUUUAA